AUGGCUUCGUUGACACGGGCUACGGGCGCCGUGGCCACUUAUACUGUCGUCACCAUCAUCUACCUGGGUGCCGUUAGCCGGCUCACCCACGGCGCCUACACGCCGUCCUUUUACGAGUACCAGCUGGACCGCGCGCCGGACAACGAGUCGACGUGGCUGGUUCCCUACGUCGACACGGCGCUGGCGACGCUGGCGCUGGUGCGGGCGACUCGCUCCUACGCGCUCUUCUUUUGCGUCGCGUUCCAGGUCAUGGGCCUCGGGCUGCGACUGCGCGAGGGCAAGGACGUGACGCCAGACGCAACGCUGACGCUGGCCACUGUCGUGGCUCUGGCGACAUCGGUGGUGGGCGACAUCAGAGCUGCAGGAGACGGUAAUAAGAAAGCUGCCGUCGAAAACAGCCGUGGGCAAGACGCGCAGGGAUGA